GAGGCGGCGUUUGCCGGAGUGGAGCAGGGAAAGGAAGGGAAGAAGGGAGGCGGCGGAGGAGGCGGUUCCCGCUCCCGCCGUGCGAGUGCGCCCGGCUCGGUGCGUGCGGGGCCGGCGGCGGCGGGGUGGCUAUGGCCUCCAUGGCGGCGGCGAUCGCCGCCUCCCGCACGGCGGUGAUGAACGGCAACCGGCCGCUGGACGAGCGGGAGCGCAAGCGGUUCAGCUACUUCUCCUCGCUGAGCCCCAUGGCGCGCAAGAUCAUGGCGGAGAAGGAGCGGAUCCGCGAGCGCUACGGGCCCGAGUGGGAGCGGCUGCCGCCCCGGCAGCAGGACGAGAUCAUCGACAAGUGCCUGGUGGAGCCGCACGUCCAGGCCCGCUACGCCGCACACCGCGGCGCCGCCCGGCCCGCCGCGCCGCCCGCCUCCUACCCCAGCCUCCGCCUCAACACGGGCCAGAAGGUGGUGCACUUCGGCGACGAGGACAUAACUUGGCAAGAUGAACACUCAGCUCCCUUCUCCUGGGAAACAAAGAGUCAGAUGGAGUUUAGUGUUGCAUCUCUGUCCAUACAAGAACAAAGUGGUACGCACUUGCAAAAUGAACAGAGGCAGGCAGUUAAAGCAGCACCUGGUGUCCAAGUUCCUAAACCUUCUCAGGCUAAUAAGACCCCUGGCUCUGACGGGCUAAUAGCAUCCAGAAAGGAAGAGGAGUCCUCUUUUUGGAAGAUAAAUGCAGAGCGGUCAAAGUUUGAAGGAGACAAAUCUGAGUUCCAGUCACUGACCCCCAGUCAGAUCAAGUCUAUGGAAAAAGGAGAGAAAUCCCUUCCCUCUUUCUACAGACAAGAGUCUACUCCAAAGGAGAUGGCAAAAGCAGAGAAGCCCAGCACAACUAAACCAGAGAAGUCUGUCACCCCUAAUCUACCUUCUGCAUCUCUAGAAUGGGAAAAACCUCGACCCAGUCAACUCCCUUCUAGUUCUCUAGAUGACUUCUUUCUUCCUGACACACCACGGGACCUGGCAACUGCUAGGACAACCAGUGAAGGUGCUGAUGGUGGUAUACUUACGGAUCCACAAAUUCCUGCACAGAGUAAUACAAGCAAUGUUAUCUUGAAGACUGGCUUUGACUUUCUAGACAACUGGUAAAAGAUGCUUCAAAAUAGUUUAAACUAAUUUUGGGGAAGGAGUGGCGCAUUUUCUCCUUGUAUGUUAAUUUACUAGCAUCUGUGUCUUUUUCUAGAAGUAACUUUCAAAAUCUUAAAUGUUGCCUUUGUAUAAACUUUUGUAAUACCAGAUGCAUUUUUGGUUUUUAAACAAUGAUAGAAGUGUGGUCUCAUUUGGAUUUUUUAAAAAUAUCUGUUAAAAUUUUUUUGUAGUAACUGUAUUGAGAAGAUGGAGGAAGUUGCUAUAUAUAUAUAGCAAAGAUAAACAGAUAAGACUCUCCUUGAAAUGGAACCUACAGGAACAAGUUGCUAUUUUCAAUUGAAAUCUUGCUAGCAAGUAAUAGCACAGAACAUGCAAUGGUUCCAGAUAAACAAGUAAUUCUUUAUUUCAAAUAACUAGCAAAAAAGGUGUGAAAAAUAAGCAUACAGAAGGGUUGCAUUAAUUUCUGUAUUUCAUUUAGUUUGAGCGUAAUUUUUGUAUCACUUACUUGCAAACACUCCUCUUCUGAAGAGGACAAAGGCAUUGCCAAAAUGACAGAUCCAAAGAAGCACCGUGUAUGCUACGUACCUGAUAAAAUAGUCAGAAGAGUGUAGGAAAGUGACCCAGGGUAGAGCGGGGGAGUGUUUCUGGUGUUUGGAUUAAAGACUGAAGAGGAGAGAAAAAAACAAAACAAAACAAAAAAGGGGGGGGGGGGGGGAGGAAAACCCUAAUGGAUGCAAGAAACCAUCUUCAGGGAACAUAAGCCUAAAGAUUUCACUGCCUCCUUGCUAUAACGUACUUUUCAUAAUAGUAGUGCUGGAAGUGCAGCAUUGGCAAUUGCUGGCAUGUAGACUACCUUUGUUUCAGGAAACCACUAGGUUCAUGGCAGGUGGUAGCAGUAUAAGGCUUCUUUGUGUUUUUUUGUUUUUGUUUUUAAGCAGCUUAUUGACUCAAGGACUCAUCAACUUUGGUGCUUUUUCUCCUUGUGGGUAUAUUCUCUUCAGUGUUCAGGGUGUGGGUUACAUUUGUUUCUGAGAUGCAAAGUAGCAUCUCCGGGUGGCCCCCAGCAGGCUUGUCUCUAGUUCUACUUUUGAAUGAUCUUUGCUUGGUGUUUUAAAUGUAGAGAACAAGACUAGAUGUCCUUUGAAUCUGCCAUGUCUGAAAUGCAGCAUGAUUUACACACUGACUCUCACUGUGUUUACCUCACCUUGAAGCCUUAAUUCCCCCGACGCACAACCAGUGAAUGGUCUGCUCCAAUGCCAAAGGUUUGACCUGUCCCUUUACCUCAGCAAUAGUCCCAUAGCAUUUGUUUGAGGUAGAAGGCAAAAUCCAGGGCUCUAAAUGGGUCUAAUGGGUUCAAGCCAAAGCUAUAAGAAGGUCACCCUCUACUAGACCAUAAUUGUGCCAGGCUUCUCGUGCAUUAGCAUUUGACAUUUGGUAAACUGCCAAUGGCAGUUCAAUGUGCAGAAUUGGAUGUUGCAGGACUUUCUUCUGCAUAAUACAAGCCUGUUACAGGAAGAGUCUUAAAGUCCUGGGAAAGCCUUGCCUCAAAUUGGUGUACUGCUCACUUUGAACAGGCAUGCUGAUAGAGCACUAAACCUUGUUUCUUGAUCAAGGAAAAAAGCUGUAAGCUGGAAAACAAAACAAAACAAAAUCCCUCCAUUUUUUUUUUUUUUUUUUAUAGCAAGUGUUUUCUUAAAAGGUUUCUUAGCUGAAGAGGGGAAGCCACAGAGUUUAGGUCAUUGCAUAGCCUUAUUUAUGGAAUUCUAAAAGCUUCUUUACAUCCUUGCUGGGAUGUACAAACUACUGUAAUUCAUUGAUAUUGUCUCUUAGCUGACCUUUUUAGGAUUUGUUACAGGCAUUCAGCAUUAAUACAGCUUAAAACAGUUUUAGCAAAAAUUCUUUAGGUGUAUAGUUAGUACUGACUUGCACCUUCUUUUCAAAGCUGACAAUUGCUAACCUUGGGUUUUACGGUUACAAAUGAAUCUAAUUUUCUAUACAUUCAGCUAUUCAGAAGUUUUAAAUCCAACCUAAAGAUGUGCAUUCUAACCUUACUUUGGUAUUUAUAGCUCUUAAAGCAAAAUCUCUUACUCUUGAGGAGUGUUCUUUUAAAUCUCUACUAAACACAUUAAAGCUUCUUGAAGAACCUGGGCUGUCUUUCUCUUCCAUUGCUGACUCUACCCUAAUACACAUUGGGACCAGCUGGUAGAACAUGCUGCAGAACUUUUUACUUAUCCUUGUAGGUUUUUCCUGUGCUUUGACAAAAGUUGAUGCUCCUCCUUCUUUCAUAUGUUUUUAUUAAACAUUCUUACAGAACAAUUGUAUUUGAUCACAUUUUAUAUUAACAAUGUUUUAAUAAAGUCACUUUAAAUAGAACAUGCAA